AUGGGGAAGUUGAACUAUUCAGCGUAUUACGCACUGACUCGCACCCAGAGAAAGCGACUACCAGAUGGACCUGGCUUUAAAGCCGCAGCGCGGGAUCCUACUUUAGAGAUUGACAUUGCAAACAAGACGUUGACAGACCAAGAUCUCUCCAUAUUCAUUGAUGAUCUCCUUGAAUGUAUCAGGGAGGAUCUUGCCAAAGUGGUCGAGUUUCAUAUUCAGGGAAACAGCCUCACUAUUAAAUCUCUACCAAAGCUGGGCGAGGCAAUUGCGCUCAACGCAGGCGAGAUGAGGGAGCUUGACAUCUCGAACAACAACAUCAAUAUCAGCCCAAGCCCUGAAGAUAAGGCAAUGUGGUGCCAGUUCCUCAACUCCUUUAAGAACUGCUAUAUGCUCAAGAAGCUUGAUCUUGGGGGUAACCCUCUAGGGCCUGUGGGAUUGGAAGUCCUUGCUCGUGUUUACAUCAAAAGUGACCUUCACUUCCUCGAGGAUGAUGCUUAUGCUAUUGUCGAACCUAAACAUGAAGAGAGGUCAUUCAACGAAGAUUCGACUGCGGUGAAAGUCACAGCAGGAAAGGAGAACGAACGCAGCACAAGGGGUAGUCGCCUUGAAAAAUCGCCAAACAAGGGGAAGAAGGCUUUGCGACAAAAUUUCGGCCAGUUCAAAUCUAACCCCGCUAAAGGAACAGCACUUGACGACCUCAAACGUUUCGCCUGUACCCGUGGCCUUCGCUCGAUUGCCUAUCUCAUCUUGUCCAACGUUUACAUGGCAAAGAGUGGCACGGUGCACCUUGCGAGUAUGCUGAGCAUGCAAAGAACAUCAGACCAGCUCCUGAAGUUCCUCCCCGAGGGCAAAUCCCCAGCCUUACCUGAAACUGCAAACAGCAAGAGCAUCAUCUGGCUUCCCAACGACACUCUUCCACAAGUUGCGAGCGAGUUCCUCGGAAAGGCCGAAGCCAUAAACGAGAUAAAGACCAACAUUGACUCGGAUGAUGACCUCUCAAAUGACGAUGAGGCCCAGGGACCUGUCAGUACCAUCGCCCAGACAAACGCAGAGCCCAACCAGAAAAUCGACACUGCCGCACAGAGAGAGCUGCAGAACAAAAAGAACACCGCGUACGCCAGACUCACCAAACGUGUUCGUAUGGAAGCACUACAUGACGAAGGCGUGCAUGGUACAGACCUCUGGAUCACUGCUCUGCGAAUGAUGAAUGUUUCCAGAAUCCUCCUUUGGCAAGGCAAGGAGAGUAGUGUUUGCUCCCCAAACAAGGAACAGGGCCAGCAAGAAGACGACGAUAGAGACGACCCCUAUCCUUCCGCGGUACACAUCGAAGACAUCACUCAGCAAUUCGACGACCUGGAAACAGCAGAACAUCCAAGUUCCUCGGAAUCACCUUCUUCCCCCGUGGAAAUCCAUAUCACUGAACCUGACCGAAUGGGCCCUUUCCACCCCGGCACAGACUCAUUCGACGCCAACUUUCCAAUUCUUCAUCCAUCCAACACAGAGAAUGCUGAUACUUCACUCACCAGAAACGAUGAAGAACAACACAUUGUCGCCGCAAGAAACGAGCUGUCCGCAUCACCACAACCAGCCCGCUCAGGAAAGGGAAACUCCCGCACUACAUAUGGAUCCCGAGCCCUCCGCAAGGAAAAGGAGACCUGGCGUUUUGGUUUUACGCUCGAGAUUUGGCGCAGAAUUAUUGCGGACGCGGCCGGUGCGGAAGGUAUUCUGGACCUUGAACAGCAGACUCAGAUCAUGCGUUAUGCCACUGAUAUCCUUUGUAGGGCUUAUACGGGCAACUGCCUCGGUAAAUACAGUUUCUAUGAGGAGAGUUAG